GGUGGCCUGGAGAAGGACCUGGCAAGACCAGACUGCCGGGUUCCCAGCCUCUAUAAAAUGGGGUGUGGGGGGCGCCUCAGCAGCUGCCUCACCAUGACCUCUUGGGCCCUCCUUCUCCUUGCCUCGGCGCUCCUGGGCACCCCAGGUCUGACCUUUUCUGGUCUGAACCCUGAGCGCUAUGACCUGGCGACAGCCCACCUGUGUGAUGGAGAGCAGUUCUGCCAGGGCCUGGCUCAGGAGGGCUCCCAGGGUGACCUGCUGACUGAAAGAGAGAGGAUAGGCAUCUUCUGCGGGCAUUGUCGGAAGAUAGUCCAGAAGCUGGAGGAGAUGGUGGGAAACCAGCCCACUGAGGCCACUGUCACCGAGGCUGCGUCCCGGGUGUGCAGCAAGAUGCACCGUUUGCUGAGAGGCGCCUGCAAGGUGAUCAUGAGAACAUGUCUUCGUCGCAUCUCCUGGGACAUCGUGGCUGGCAAGAAGCCCCAGGCAAUCUGUGUGGAUGUCGGGAUAUGCAAACCUCAAGCAGGUGAGUGCAGAGGUGACAGCAGGGACUCAUUCCUGGAGGGCCCCAGACAGCCUCCCCAAGAAUGUGCAACAUAG